CUCUGCUUGGACAUCUACCCUCCAGUGAAUUUAUACAUAUCACAAUAAAAAACAAUUCAAAAUCAUGGAGAAACUCACGAUUUACUUGUUUCUGGUUGUCUUCGCAACAACUGCAAAAGGACAAGAAAGGCACUACAAUGAUAUGGGACCUGUUGAUGAAGACACCCCACCACGAAGAGAACUAUUGACGCUCCAACUUGGCGUCAAAUUCACCGUGACACCAACCCGACACUACCACAAUGGCUACAUGACACUUAGCAGACGUUCCGAAUAUGAAUUGUCCUUCACGACGAGUGACACCUUCCCGAACUUCAUCGCCAACGAGCGCACGAACAACCUAACGAUCAGUGUUGAUUUCACUUUUGAGGAUGGUACCGUCGAAAAGAAUGACUUUGGGUUCACAGUUAUCGACAAGAAUAACCACGAGCCCGUCUUCACCGGUCCGAGCGUUGUUCGUUUUCUGUACCAACCAAAGCCCGGCCAGUCGUAUAUUGAUGUCGAGACGUGGAUUACCGUGGCAGAUGAAGACCUUGGUUCAUUUGGGUUGCAAGAUGUCGUCGUUGUUGAUGACGAGGAAGGAUUGAAUAUUCAAUUGGUCAAGUACGCAUUGUACGGUCCGGUUUCUCCGGCUGCGUAUGGGAUAGUGUUUAGAAUCCCGACAAACAUUCCUAUCGAACGUAUGUACAAUCGCAUUAUUUAUCUUGCUGCCGUUGAUGGAGAAAGCGGCACCGUGUUCCCAGCCCAACUUAAGCCGUACCCUCAAAUUCUUUAAGAUUAAAAAUUUAAUCAAUUUAACGAAUUGAGGUUUAGCUUAACCAUGUAAUCAAAUUUAUUUGAUUUUUUAUGGUUUACAUAAUAAACGAAAUAUUCAUAUUUUG